GUCCGGGUCCUCGGCCGCCGCUCCGUGCCGAGCGCGCACUCCAGCCUCCCCGCCCGCACCAUGCGCCGCCGUCAGCUCCCCCUCGUCCUGCUGGCGCUGGUCCUCUGCCAGGCGCCCCGGGGCCCCGCCGCCCCGCUGCCGGCGGGCACGGGCACCGCGCUGGACAAGAUGUACCCGCGCGGCAACCACUGGGCCGUGGGGCACCUGAUGGGGAAAAAGAGCACGAGAGAGUCCCCGUAUGUUUAUGAAGGGGGGAGUCUGAAGCAGCAGCUGCAGUAUAUUCUUUGGGAAGAAGCUGCAAGGAAUUUGCUCAGCCUCAUGGAAGGAAAGGGGACCGGAAGCUAUCAGCCACCUCAAAGGGAGCUCCUGGCCAUCCGCCAGUCCCCUUGGGAUUCCCAGGAUGGCAGCGCCUUUAAAGUUGUAGGUUCAAAACGUAAAGUGAUGGGCAACUUGUACCUUAAACUGAGUACUGGCCCAAGCAGUUUGCCCGCAUUUUCUCUGUGAAUGCUCACAGCAGACUUCGGAGGAAGAUUCGAGAAAAUCCUACUGUUCUCUCCAUUUUAAAGGUGAGGAAACAGAGAGUAGGCACAUAGCUCUUCAGCAGCGAGAGCAGGGCAGGGGCCGGCGCUGUGUCCCUUGGACGGUAUGCUGCCGUGUGAGACGUCUCCUGGGGACCGGCUGGUCCUCGCUGACCUCAAAUAUGAAGGGUGCAGGCUACAGAAGUAGCAUGAAGGACCUCGGGAGGAAGACUCUAGUAGCCUUCAUUCACAAAGAAAAUCUGGAUUAAAUCAACGGAUACAGAAAUAAGUAGCAACUUUGCACAAAGUCCUGAGUGAUGCUCUCGCUCACAUCCGCGGUCUAGGUGUCACGACCGGCUCCCUUCUUUGUUGGGGGGUGACAUGGCCCCGAGGGCUUGGGGGGGUUUGUGACUGACUUCUCAGCUCCUGGCUGAGGCCUUUUCUUGGUCAGCUGACUUUAUGGACUUCCUGUGGCUGGAUGUCCAACAGCAGUGCCUUCUCCUUUGAAGACUAAUGACAAUUGCCAUCACAAAACCCUCCAAAGCAAUUUCACAGAUGCUGAAAUGGACGUACACUCAUAGCUCAUGCGUUUUGUUUUAAUUUGAUUUUAAUGUUUAUUUAUUUUUGAGAGAGAGAGAG